CAGUGUAUAUUUGCCUUCGAAACGCGUACGACGUGUUUACGAACGUCGCUCUCACUCUUUAUAUAUUCAGCCAUAAGAGAAAUUAUUAUAACAAUAACAGUAUACCAAUAAUCAUUUAAAUUCGUCUUCGUUAGUCAUUAAUUUCUGCACUUCGGCAAAUUUAGACAAAUAUAUAUUGCUUUUAAAAAUAAUAGAACCCGGUGCCGAUAAUAACAACAACAACGUGAGAAUUUUUCUACCGCGAUUGAGAACGGACAGUUUAUCACUCCGAAACGUUCCGACGCAUUCUUCAGUGAUUAGCAGUGUUUACCGGCAGUAGUUAUAACCAAACGCAAAGUCUCCGAAUAAAUGGAUCAUACCUCAGCUACAAUCAACUAGAGAACGCACAAAUGUGUGCAAAAUAAGACGUGACCACUUGUGCGAUAGAGUGUUAGUUUUCAUCUGUCAUCCGAAUGCAACCAACGGUCACCGGCGUGCUGCACAACAUUCAUCGACAUCGGCGGUCCAGCGCCCGCUGUGAUUAUUACAACCUCGUGUUGUGUUGUUAUCCUUUCGGUCAAUUCAACGUGCAAUCUGAUCUAUCAUUUGCCGCACAAAACCAGAACUAGCUGAGAGAAAGAGAGCGAGCGAGAGCGAGUGACAAGGAGAGAUGUCUAUGUUGUAGAAUUCGUCCUCGUCGCACCGCGCACACACCACACCGCACACAUUUACACGGUCCGGGUGAAAAAGCGCGCAUCGAAAGUGAAGACUCCAGUGUGAAACCUAGACAGUGUUUCGCGUAAGUGUGAUAAAUCAUUUCUCGCUCAUCACACGCGCAGCCGACGACAUUGUGCAAAGAGCUCUCCUCGCUCGUUGAACCGAAAUGCAAGUAAUUAAUAUUCUUUUUUUCGGCUGCUGAAAAUUCAUCGUCGCGGUAGACGUCGUGGGAUGUUUGUGUACUAUUUCUACUAUUGAUCGAACAUUUUUCGCGUGUUUUGUCAUAAAAAGAGACAAUUAUUUCGUUCGUUCGUCCGCUCGUGGAAGGAAGAUCGUUGCGCGUUUUCGAAAAGAAACAAAUUUAACGUGAGGAAAAACAGAGUCACACAACGCACUGUAACGAGUUAUGAUAAAACUGUGAUUUUAGUGUAUAACUAAGUGAAAUUUUAUUUAAGAUUGCAACAAUCACGAGAGAAACAAAGAUAUACGUAAUACGGGAAGAGUAAAGUCAUUAUCUGGAACUGUCGGUUCGGUCCGUGUGCGCGCGUGCUAGUGUGAAAGAGAAAAUUAUCAUUAAUCAAAUCCGGGUAAAACGGUAAACACAUCAAGCAUGGAAAUAAACCAAGUGUGAUUUUGCUUAGGCAAGAGUAUACGUAUUUUAUGUUUUUCCUGAUUCCAUUUAUUGGAAGAUUCUUAAAUCAUUGCUUUCGCGUUUGAGAUACAUCGGCGAUCUCUUAUGAUUUACCGGGAGCGUUAUUGGUAUUACAGAAAGCAUAAAAAUAAGUAACUUGCGACGCUCCUGGAACUAGUACAAGCUUCACAGAGACUGUGAGGAGAAGUUGUGGUGAAGAAGUGGCAAUAGUGUUGUGUAUGUGUUUUUUAAGUGAAGAGUGAAGUAUUUUUAGUUAUUGAGUUUUUGUUGAUUGGAUUCUAAGCGGUGGAACAAGUGUACCCGCCGCUUACUUCGCAGAAAUUGAUGGCACAGCCUAGGUACGACGAUGGCCUGCACGGCUAUGGAAUGGACGGUGGAGCAGCGGCAAUGUACGACCCCCAUGCAGGCCAUAGGCCGCCUGGGUUAUCCGGUUUACCUCCACAUCACUCACCUCACAUGAACCAUGCUGCGGCUGCAUCAGUCGGCAUGCAUGGUUACCAUGGAACCUCUAGUCAUGUAUCACCAGCCACGAGUCACAUGGGUGCAGUGCAACCAGAUGUGCAUAAACGUGAUAAAGAAGCUAUUUAUGGUCACCCGCUAUUCCCGCUAUUGGCACUAAUAUUCGAAAAAUGUGAACUAGCAACGUGUACGCCUCGAGAACCAGGUGUCGCGGGUGGUGAUGUCUGUUCGUCAGAUUCCUUUAGUGAAGAUGUGGCAGUAUUUAGUAAACAGAUACGGCAAGAAAAACCCUACUAUGUGGCGGACCCCGAAGUAGACUCACUUAUGGUGCAAGCUAUUCAAGUGCUACGGUUUCACCUCCUAGAACUUGAAAAAGUGCACGAACUAUGCGAUAAUUUCUGCCAUCGAUAUAUUUCAUGUUUAAAGGGUAAAAUGCCAAUAGAUUUAGUGAUUGACGAACGGGACACCACCAAACCACCAGAGCUAGGCGGUGCCAAUGGCGAGGGUAGAAGUAAUGCAGAUUCAACAUCACAUACAGAUGGAGCUAGCACACCAGACGUUGUGAGUACCCCCUUCGCGGGAGCACAUGGUCCUAUAUUGGCGAGCUACAAUGCGGUGGUGCACCCAUGUUCGUAGUACGACUAUGACCUUCUUGCAAAAACGAAGCGGGUGCUCACAAUGCCCUGGGAUAACGGCCAGAACUUCGCUUGAGAUCGCGCUGAAUAUGCUUAAUUGUACUACUUUAGAUACAACAAAUUGAAAACAGAAAUACCAAAAACGCAUUGAUUCAAAAUUGUCAUCUUUAAAAGAAGAAAAAUUCAAACCAACAAAAAACGAACAAGCCAGAAGCCAUGAGAGCAAAUAAAACACUGUAAACGCCAAUGAAAAUCUGCAUUAACAUCUUAUGAGCCACCAACGUAGCAUUGAGAUGAUUAAUGAAGUUUGCAGCACGUACAGAAGCUACAACGACAAGUCCAGGAUGUUACUCCUCGCUCUAAGAAACAAAAAUCCAUGUGUGAGCCAUUUCUAAACGUCUGGAUAGAAAACAGAAAUGUAAACUGUGGUAAUGAAAACAGAAAGACACAAAUGGCAAGUGUGCAUGUGCAACAGAGAGAAAAACGGUGAGAACACAAUACAGACAGUGAACAAGCAAGAGCGGUAAACAAGCCAGUGAGUGCAAACAAUCACACUCUGACCACCGGCUCAGGUGCAAUGCUUCCCUUGUGUGUAUGUAUAAUCUCGUUUUUCAUCUAGCAUAUUACAAUGCCUUGAACCAUGAAUCCUGUUCAUAACAGAAACCCAAAUGGAACAGAGAGAGAGAAGGGACAAAAUGUAUAAAUCAGACAAUUUGAAUGAAUUGUAGUUUCUGUACGUGCGGCAAGCGGUGGAAUUUCAAACAGCGUUGCAAGUAAAGGAAAACAGAAUAGCAUUGUUUUGCUAUAUCUUAAUUGCGAAUACUAAACAAAACAAGUAAAACGACAAAACGUACGAAUCUGAUGUAUAGAUUGUAAAAGCAACUUUAUAUACGUAAUUAAAGUAUAAGGAUUAAAACAAAAGUAAAUCAAAGUAAUUUAAACCUUCAUUGAUCAAAAAUCAAGCAGAAAGCUGUUAAGGCAAGCCAGGAAAAGAUAAAGAAGAAAAAAGUAGCAAGUAUACUUCGUUUUUGCAAGAGGCCCAUAUAGCUCGCCAAUUUCAAUACACGGAACAAUUUGGCAACAAUGUACGCGUUUGCACGUGCGUGUGCGUACCAGCAUGAUCGUCCCAGAUCCAACGAACGCACGUUUUAGCGCCUACUGAGGAUAUAUUCUCUGGAUCUAACAGAUGGUUCAUUGUUUUUCAGUGCAAGAGCUCGCGGUUUGUAAGACACUGAAAGUAAAGAAAAUCUAUACACCAUCCGUUGCGACGAUUCGAAAUUGCUCAAUCUUACUUCCUUUUGACAACGCACAAUUUUAUCGCUGGUAAAAAAAACAUUGUUGUCAAAUGGUUCCGUGUUUGCAUGUAUAGAUGUAUUAUUACUUUGAUAAAGUAUUUUUUGCGUAUUAUAUUUUCGUUAGUAUCUAUUAUAUAGCCAAUCUUUAAUCUAUGGCAACACGUUAAUUGAUACCUCAAGGGUUUUGGGGCGAAUACACAUACUAGGAUUCAAAGCCACCGAAGUAGGCUUUGUUGACAUUUUUCUUUCGUGAUUACUUUUCCUCGUCGCAAUUUUGCUAAUAGAAUCUCUUCCAUCAAUUUACAAGAACAAAAAAGAACAAAUCUACUAAUACCAAUAAAAAUUUUAUAACCUCUAAUCAUCUUAGUAGAGAGAUGAUGACUCUGGUUCGAUAGAAUUUCUUCUGUUUCAAUUAUCAGUAGUAUAUGUUACACAGUAGUUAAGGCUUAACCAAUUGAAACAUGAAGUAAAUCCUGAACCAUGUUUUAUUUUUGUGUUGUUUUACCACGUUUUAGUUCUUCAUUCUAACGUUUAUUCCUCCUGAAUUUGUGUUGGGGAAAAUAGAGUACGGUGAAAAUGAGUGAACGUAAUAACACACUUUCAAGGAUAAAGCAAACGAUAUACGUAAUAUACAUAUGACUGAAAUUCCUUAUUCUCAUAUACUAAUCCCGCCUUAGCAGUGCGUAAAAGUGAUACGCUGCUCGGCUGGACAUAUUAACCUAAUGACUUGAAAAAAAAAAAAAACAAACAAACGAAUAAGUGAUGUGAACGACAACAAACUACUGUAUACGAUUUUAAUUCCUCGAUUAUGCGCGUAAGUCUUUGAUCACAUGAUUGCAAUACUGAUUGCAAUUCUUUUUAAACGUUUUCAAUAUCCCGUACGAGUGAUCAUAAAGAGGUUGCGGAUUUCGAUAUUGUUUCUUGCGAAAAUCGCAACUGUUUCAUGAGUACACUAUCUCGUAUGACAAAACGGUUUUUUUUUGUUAUUGUAACAACAAACUAAAUUGAAUAUACACAGUAUACUACGUAAAUGAAAUCCGAUCGUGAUCGUUGCUGUAUACUAUAUGCGUUUUUGCGCAAUUUUAUCUUACCAUUCAUCGGUAAAAGCGCAUUUCUCAACAUUCGGUAUGUAAAAAGUGCUUGGAUAUGGUUUUAAGUUGCUCAUUAGAAAAAAUUUCCAGCUGCAUUUCACUUCGCAAUGCCUAGCUUCCAUUUCAACUCUAUAGAAUGUCGAGUUUUAAGGAAAAUUAAAGCCAAACAAAGAAUGAAUGUUCAGUGAACGAAUGUAAAAAUGAUUAAAAUUUGAAAUUAAUUCAAUACCAAUGUCUCUCAAAUAAAGUAAAUACUUCAUUGAUUAAUAAACAAGCCACAACCAGCAUCCAACCCUAUACACAAUUUACCUAGAUAGAUUAUAAGUUAAGCUUUAAAUUUAACAUGAUGAAAUGCGUAUACGAACUAUAUUUAAAAAGCAACAAAACUACAAACCAUGGAAGGAGCAAAAAUAUUUUAAUUAUAAAAUAUUUUUUUGUAAGUAUGUAAUAAAAGAAAAAAAUAUAUUUAAAUUAACUCAAUCUAUGAUCGAGAAUGCGAAGGAGGACGGUAAACUUAACGAAGUAAAAUGAAAUAAAAAGGAUAUACUUAGCUAAACUCGCUUCUGGCGGCGGUCACACAAAUUGAACAAUGAAUUCUUCUCGAAUUAGAAUAAAAAGCAAACAAAAAGAUCAGCUAUAUGGGCAUUUUAGUUUAAAAUAAUACAAAAAUAUCAGAAUUGAGGAAGGAAGCAAUCUUCUCAAAUUGAACACAAUAAUUAAAAAAAAAAAUGCGAAACAAAGAAAAUCAUACUCAGUAUACAAAAAGUAAAAUUUGUGAUUUUUAUUUAUAUAAUUAAAACUUAGAGAAAAGCAAAUGAAACGUAUAAGCAGCGAAUGUUUUUAGACAAUUUCCAUUAUGUUUGGCAAGAUAUGUUCUUUAUUGGUUAUGAUUUAUGAUUGUAGCACAACAGAAGAGCAAUUCCCCACGUAAAUCUUGGAGCCACUAGUUGAAGAAGUAACGCGAUUUGGUGAAAUGCGACACUACGGUUGGCGUCGGUGAAAAAUAAAUGGAAUGCAAUAUGAUGCAACAUUCAAUCUAUAUUUUAAAACUC